AAUUCACUUGUAUUUCGUGAAGGAAAACAAAAAUUCUUUGAGUUACCCUGCGGCGCUGAAAGACCGUUAGUGAUACAUAAUACACCCUGGCAGAUUCAGGGGUCUGAACUCUGAUCGUUGAAGUUGAAUAGGGAAAUGGGAACUCGAGAAGUGUACGAGGAGAAACUUAGAAGAGGAAACCUAGACCACGAUCCGACCAUUAAUCCUGGUCUCGGCAACCCUCGUUGUCCUCGCUGUCUGUCUCUCCUCGCUCCGGAAUACGAAAAUGGGGAGUGGAAUAUCACCCCUGUUCUACAUGACGCCACUGCUGUGGCUGGCUGUGGGAUUGGUGGAAUGCUUAGUGCAAUUCAUGGUUUCAACACAGGGAUCCCCUUUGUUCAGAAACAUGUGAAGGGACCUAAGUGGCUUCCUUUUAUUAUAGGGGUUCCACCCCUUCUAAUGUUCUCUGCUGCAAGUGCUGCGCUCGGAGGAUAUGUGCUUCCCAAAUUUACUCUACUCACUGUGACGUCAUAUUAUGCUGCUUCAAGUGCAUCACAUUAUGGUAUCUCAUUGCUAACGAGACACAUUGAAGAUGCAAACACGUCCCAUUCACCGCAUGAAAGGAUUAGAUGACUAGUUGCUGGCAGACCUGCAGGUUAUGCGGUGCAUUCAUUAGAAGGUUUUAGCUCUCCCUCCUUUUUAAAGGUUCCUGCUAUAUAUUAUAGUUGGACAAUAAUUUUGAGAAUUAUGAUCAGUUUAUUUUAGUCUGUGGCCUCCUGGUGCAGGUGCAUGUAUUCUAAACUAUUCAUUUGCAUAACACUAGCAUACAAAACUGAAUGCAAUGGCAUGAGUUUCUAAACACAGCUCUCAGUUCUGAGUUCUCUGGAGGAAUUCUUUUUUUAAUCUUGUUGUACUUGUGGGAUACAAACAUGCUUUGCACACUAGCAGUAAACUGGAUUUCCUUCAGGUUUUUAGCAAGUGCACUGGUGAAUACUAAUUCAGGUCUCGGGUUAUCUUCAUCAUAUAGUUUGGGCAGCUUGUGCAAGGCAUGGGUUAGUUGAUACUUUUUGUAUGUAUGUAGAUAUUUAUAUCCGGGUAUAAAAAGUUUUCCCGAUUAAUAUCGAAUUCAGUUAAAAGUCCUAGUCAUAUAGGACCAUGAUUGUUUCAUUUGAUUAAAUGGGAUAGGAUUAUAAUAUUUUAAAAAAUUUAAUCCUAUGUUUGUUUUGUAAAAACCCAUUUGGGAUUUGUUGAAUGAUUAUUGUCCUUUAAAAUA